CAUACCACGUCGUUGACUCACUUCCGGUUUAGAAACGACUCGAGUCACGAACAGUGUAGAAGAAAGCACAGAGAAGAUAGGUUAUAGUAAACCUCUGCCUCUUGUUACGGACUUCGAGCGAGAAAAUGGUUUCUUAUUCCGAGGAUCAGCUGGCCGAGUUCCAGGAAGCUUUCCAGCUUUUCGACAGCCGUGGUGAUGGAAAGAUCCACGUUGCACAAAUUGGCGACGCUUUGCGCGCUCUAGGACAAAAUCCGACCGAGUCUGACGUGAAGAAAUUCACGCAUCAGCACAAACCUGACGAAAGAAUCAGUUUCGAAGUUUUCCUGCCAAUCUACCAGGCAAUUAGCAAAGCGCGCACAUCGGAUACUGCUGACGAUUUUAUUGAGGGUUUACGUCACUUCGACAAGGACGGAAAUGGCUUCAUUUCUUCUGCUGAACUCAGACAUCUCCUUACAACUCUUGGUGAGAAACUGAGUGACGAGGAGGUCGAAACUUUACUCGCAGGUCACGAAGAUUCCCAAGGUAACAUCAACUACGAAGACUUUGUUCGUCAAGUAAUGUGCGGCUGAGUGUGUAGUUAAUCUUUUUUUUUUUUUUUAUUCAAUAUUAUAAAGUUACUUACGUAUUAAAUUUU